GUGAGCAUAUUUGCUUUAAUGUAUCCUCAAAGGAUUAAGUGACAAGUUUAUCGUAUAAGUGCGGCUCAAUUAUUUAGCCACCGGCUAGUACAAAUUUAAAUGCAUGCAGAUACGCGUACCUACAUAAUCAUUUGUUAUCUCAUAAUCCUUAAUUCCACCUUAAAACGCCUUGGUUACACAUCAAAAAUUUUGACAGCAUCUUUUUCAUGUGUCGCCACAAACAACGUAAACACAUCUAUGUAUAUAGACGAAAUUAUAGUGUUGCUGAAUGAGAAAUCUCUAUUUGGCAAAGUGCCCCAGAUUUGUGUACCGGUUUUGCUCGACGAUCCCCACCACAAAUCUUGGUGGACUUUGGCUCGUUCUCACCUCAUUCGUAUGGUUUUCUUAUUUCCUUUGCACGUCAUGAAACAUAAAUUCGUCAUCUAACAUCAUAGCUCAGCUGCUCCUAAAUAUUUUCCUUCCACAAAGAAAUUCGCCUCCAACAUAGUUCCUAUUGUUUUAAAUAAAUUUUGCAUAAUGUUGGAGGUGGUACUUUCAUCUGCUCUGGUCGCAUAUAUCCUACUUGAUGUUAACUACUUUGUGAGGAUGUUUCUCACUUGCUUUGCUGGCCGAUAUUUCCGACCAAAGUUGGGCCCCACGGAUGCCAACGUGACUUAUGGAAUUGCUCUUCCUUGGGACGUGGACACGACCCUCGAUCACAUGAAUAAUUCAAAAGUCUUGAGGGAAUUUGAUUUCAGCCGGAUGGAAUUAGGAGUUCGAACAGGCGUUGUAGGGAUGGUGAUGAAAAAGGGGGGUGGAUUUCCAGUCAAUGCAAAUUUUAUUCGGUAUCGUCUCCCGGUGAAACCAUUCUCGAUUUUCAAGGUUGAAUCAAAACUACUCGCAUGGGAUGAAAAACAUGUGUUUAUCCAGCAAAGUCUAACCACUUUGAGCGACGGAAUAGUCAGGGCCGUAUCCUAUCCCAAGCUAUCCGCUGCAGGGUGGAAUCCUGUCGAAUUGAUGGAUGCCAACUGGCCAGGGACAGUUUCUCCCUCAAUUCCCACACAGUUUGAAAAUAUGAAAGAAAUUGGGGACAUUGUUAGUGAAAAGUUCAAAAAGGUCGGGAAAAAGAAGGCGGAGACAUAUGACGGUACUAAAGGAUCCAUCAGAGACUCGGUGGGGCCUUGGAAGAAUGGUGGAACAACUGAGAAAAGAGACAAGUCUAUAUAAAAUUAGUAUUGUAUUAAUGUGAUUUAUCAAAGAGUCAGUCAGUAUUGAAGGUUAUUGAUUAAGGUUUGUUAAGAUGGUGUAAGCAAAGUAUUGAACUUUAUUUUUAUUUGCAUAGUACUGCUAGGUAUGUAUGUAUACGUAGGUACAUAUGUAAGUGUGGGUGUAUGUAUGAAAAGCAAAAUUAUGCCUAGCAUCAUAUUUAAGUGAGUUGUUUAAUGAAUAACUGUUAUGUACAGGAAUACAAAAUGUGCACAAAACCUGCAAUUUAGUGAACGUCCCAUGAGGAACGAGUGUAAUUUUUUCCGUACAAGCAAUACUUGAGUACCACGUCAUAAAUGCUUUAUUUUUUUUAAAGGGUGGUAUGUUUUUAUCACCUCUGACAUUAUGCACUUUGGAGCUGUCCGAUAUACGUAAUUUUGUGUCUCUCUGGUAGAAUCAGAGGUGAAUUAAAUAGCUGUCAAUCGAUUCACAGAAUCAAUAUUCACUCUCAUCGAUACAAUAUUGUAUCGAUGAAAGUAAAUAUUUA